GUAGCUUUCUGAGGAGAAGUAAACAACCCAAAACCAAUAGGGUUGCGAGGGGUAGACUCCUGCGUGCCUCAGGCGCUGGCUCGUGCCAGGAUUAAACUCCGCUGCGGCUGAAGGAGCUUUUCCAGGUGCGCGCAGCUCGUCCCCGGCAGCGGGUCCCCGGACGGCUGCACCUGGCAGAGCUGGAGGGGGCCGGGAGGUUUCUGACCAAGAUGCUCCUUUUGCUGAAUAGCGUCCGACAGCAGGAAACUCUUGAAACGUCCAGAACAAGCUUUUUCUCCUAUGUGAGGAAGAAACUUCAAGUCUUCCCUCAGUGAGCUGGAAAUUCUGUCCUUCUUCAUUCUCCUGUUGUGAACUAGAAAACCAUAUCAGCCUUCUGCAAGGUUCUGGAAAACAUUAAUGACAAUGAUUGACUUCAACUUUAUGCUGCUCUCCAGAUGACUUUUCCUGUUGUUCAUAAGGAUGUCAUCUGUUACUGAAAAUGGAGAUGUUAUUGCUGGAAAACCAAAUGAAGAGAAAACAUACAAAAAGGUCUGCCAUUUUUUUGUCCAUCCAGCAGACUACAUCCUCAGCUAUUAAAGGUGCUAUCCAGCUGGGAAUAGGAUACACAGUAGGAAACCUUACAUCAAAACCAGACAGAGAUGUUCUUAUGCAAGACUUCUAUGUCGUGGAAAGUGUCUUUCUGCCAAGUGAAGGGAGCAAUCUUACCCCUGCUCAUCAUUACCCUGACUUCAGAUUUAAGACGUAUGCACCUUUUGCCUUCCGCUAUUUCAGAGAACUUUUUGGUAUCAAGCCUGACGAUUACUUGUACUCAGUCUGCAGUGAGCCUUUAAUUGAAUUGUCCAACCCAGGUGCCAGUGGGUCCUUAUUUUUUGUAACUAGUGAUGACGAGUUCAUCAUCAAAACAGUUCAACACAAAGAGGCUGAGUUUCUUCAGAAGCUCUUGCCAGGUUAUUAUAUGAAUCUGAACCAGAAUCCAAGGACUCUUCUUCCCAAGUUUUAUGGGCUAUACUGCGUUCAGUCAGGAGGCAUUAAUAUUAGAAUUGUUGUAAUGAACAAUGUUUUACCACGAGCCUUGAAAAUGCAUUUCACGUAUGACUUGAAAGGCUCGACAUACAAACGGAGAGCAUCAAGAAAAGAGAGGGAGAAGUCAAACCCUACAUUCAAAGACUUGGAUUUCUUACAAGACAUGCAUGAAGGAUUGUAUUUUGACUCUGAAACACACAGUGCACUAAUGAAAACACUACAGCGGGAUUGUCGAGUUCUAGAAAGUUUUAAGAUAAUGGAUUACAGUCUGCUACUGGGAAUCCACAUGCUGAAGAGUAACUUGAAGGAAAAAGAGGGAGAGAGUUCUCAGAGCACAGCAGACACAAGACGACCUGGAGGGCAGAAGGUUCUCUAUUCCACAGCGAUGGAGUCAAUACAGGGCCCUGGGAAGUCAGGGGACUCACUUAGCACAGAGACAACAAACACAAUGGGCGGUAUUCCAGCUAAAAGCCACAAAGGAGAAAAGCUGCUUCUAUUUAUGGGCAUUAUUGAUAUUCUCCAGUCUUACAGGCUAAUGAAGAAACUGGAACAUUCUUGGAAAGCUCUUGUUUAUGAUGGGGAUACUGUUUCAGUUCACCGACCAAGCUUUUAUGCAGACAGAUUUUUAAAGUUUAUGAGUACAAAAGUUUUCAGGAAAGUUCAAGCUUUGAAGUCUUCACCUUCAAAGAAACGGUGCAAUUCUAUCACAGCCCUAAAAGCAACAUCACAAGAAAUAGUAUGUGCAGUUAGCCAGGAGUGGAAGGAUGAGAAGCAUGGCUUUCUUGCUGAAGGACAAAGCUAUGCCAGCCUUGAUGAAGAAGUACUAGCUUCACGCCACCGGCCAGAUCUAGUGCCAAGCACUCCAUCUCUGUUUGAAGCAGCUUCCUUGGCAACCACAAUUUCUUGUUCUUCCUUGAAUGUAGAUGAGCAUUAUCAACGUGAUCAACCUAUGCUCUAUUCUAGCAGUAAAGGGAUACCUUCGAGUUCAACAUUCACUUUAGAAGACAGUGCCAUCUAUUUGACUUCAGAACAGAGCACAAUGGAAAUGGAAAAUGAUAAUGCUUCAGUUUUGGAUGUCUACUUAUAACGAAGUACACAUGAAGAGUAAAACUAAGAAAAGUGACGGUGGUUAAUCAAGAGUACUUUCUGCACUCCUGAUUUAAGAAGGAGGAAUUUGCUGAGCCUAAUAGACAAAGAGUGAUAAUCAACUGAACUUAUUCUAGGAAGUGGGCUUGGCAAGAAUGACGUGAAACAUUCCACACUCUGCUAUCAUCUGCUGUUGCUUGCUGAACUGUGAAGAACUGUGUGUUUGGGCUGCUUUCUACUAUAUUGCCCAUCACCUUUUUUGGACUUGAAAGUGGUAUUUUCUUAUCUCUCUAAUGGUUUCAUCUGCAUGCAUUCUGUAACUAUGCACAAGCAAAAUCUAUUACCUGCUUUACUGAUUUAAAAAUAAGCACAGUGGUGAAUAAAAUUAAUUUGUUUUGACCCUUCAAUUCUAAUAACUUAGGUCCACAUCAGUGGAAAUUGGAAUUAAUGUCAUACAAGGGUUAUGGCAAACCUCUGCACAUACUAUAUGAAAAUGAACCUUUAAAGAUACUUUCACUUCUGGUGAAAAGGAUAAAAAAAAUGUUAUUUAUAACAAGGCCUUAUGUUGUGUACAUACAUUGUCUUUGAAAUAUUUUUGAUUUUAGUUUAUUUCUUGUAAAAGAGAACUUAAAUAAUUUAUUUAGUAAAUACUACUGUAAACUAUAGGAUUUUUGAUGAAUAAAGUAUUUUGUUUUCAAGACUA